AUGGAAUGUGAAAACCGAACUGCUUUGCAUGAAUUUGUCCUCAUGGGCAUACCCCACCCUGAGGGGUUGCACGUCCCGUUGUUCCUCUUCUUUGUGAUCAUCUAUUUGCUGACCAUCACUGGGAACAUCCUGGUCCUCUUGGCCGUGGGCUCUGAACCUCAGCUGCACAAGCCCAUGUACUGGUUUCUCUGCCACUUAUCCAUCCUGAACAUGGCAAUGUCCACCGUGAUAGUGCCCAAAGUGAUUUCUGGGUUCUUGGAAGGUGGUAGGGUCAUCUCUGUUGGAGGCUGCAAGACCCAGCUCUUUUUUUACCACUUCCUGGGCUCCACAGAGUGCUUCCUGUACACAGUAAUGGCUUACGACCGUUUCCUGGCCAUCUGCAAACCUCUCCACUAUUAUGCCACCAUGAGCCCGAGAGUAUGUCUCUGUCUCUCUUUGGGCGCAUGGCUUGGUGGAUCUCUGCAUUCAACUUUGGAAACGACCCUCACGUUCUAUUUGCCAUAUGGCACGAGGAAUGAAAUCUACUACAUCUUCUGUGAUAUACCUGCUUUGUUGAAGCUCGCCUGUGUGGACACAAAGUUCAAUGAGAUGUUUACGUUUGUAGACGUUGGUUUGGUGGCCAUGGUCUGCAUCGUCUUGAUUCUGAUGUCUUAUGUCUACAUUCUCUCUACCAUUCUAAAGAUUCACUCAGUUGAAGGGCAACGCAGGGCAUUCUCCACCUGUGCUGCCCACAUCAUUGUAGUGAUGACCUGCUAUGUGCCACUAGCUUUCAAUUAUUUGAGACCGGGGGCUCAAGAUCUUCUGGGGAGGAUAGUGGCUAUUUUCUACACAACACUGACCCCAUUUCUGAACCCCCUUAUUUAUACGCUAAGGAACAAGGAGAUGAAAGAGGCUAUGUUGAGAUUAAGGGAGAAGAUGAACCAUUCAGAAGAUGCAAGGAUAGAUCCGCAACAAAACGUUACAAUAUAG